GUCGACACCAAUCAUAAUCCCCUCAGUGUGAAAUUGGUGCAAAUGACGACCACUUGCCGACUGUAGGGGCGCAUCCCACCAUGCAUAUGGCAUCAGUGUGGUUAGAGCGCACUGUGGCCCUUGGUCUAGGCAACGAAGGGGGCCAAUGAAUGUAUGCCAGGAGGAGGAGGACGAGGAGGAGGAGGGCGCCGAUGAAGAGGAGGAGGAGGCCGAGGAGGAGGAGGAGGACGAGGAGGAGGAGGAGGACGACGAGGGGGAGGAGGACGACGAGGGGGAGGAGGACGACGAGGGGGAGGAGGACGAAGAGGAGGAGGACGACGAGGAGGAGGAGGACGAGGAGGAGGAGGACGAAGAGGAGGAGGACGACGAAGGGGAGGAGGACGACGGAGGGGAGGAGGACGACGAAGGGGAGGAGGAGGACGACGACGGGGAGGAGGACGACGACGGGGAGGAGGACGAGGAGGAGGAGGAGGAGGAGGACGAGGAGGAGGACGACGAAGAGGAGGAGGAGGACGAAGAGGAGGAGGACGAAGAGGAGGAGGAGGACGAAGAGGAGAACGACGAAGAGGAGGAAGACAACGAAGCGGAGGAGGGCGAUGAAGCAGAGGAGGACGACAAAGAGGAGGACGGCGACGAGGAAGGCGAGGGAGAGGAGGAAGACGAGGGAGAGGAGGAGGAGGAGGAGGAAGAAGAAGAAGAAGAAGAAGAAGAAGAAGAAGAAGAAGAAGAAGAAGAAGAAGAAGAAGAAGAAGAAGAGGCGGAGGAGGAGGAGGAGGAAGAAGAGGAGAAGGAAGAAGAGGAGGAGGAAGAAGAGGAGGAGGAAGAAGCAGAAGCAGAAGCAGAAAAAGAAAGAAGAAGAAGAAGAAGAAGAAGAAGAAGAAGAAGAAGAAGAAGAAGAAGAAGAAGAAGAAGAAGAGGAAGAAGAAGAAGAAGAAGAAGAAGAAGAAGAAGAAGAAGAAAUCUACUGUGUUUUUCCAGUUAGCUACCGUCUCAACCUGAAUAGAACGCCCGGACAUUAUCGCUGCAUCUGGACUGAAAGUGGCCCCAAAUAC